CGGAGGGGGAUACCGUACAGGAGGGGGAUGAGGGAGCAGCAGAGAUGCCGGUGAUGAGCAGGCGCGCGAGCCCGUGUAAUCGGGGCCGCGCGUGUAGCCGUGCGCGUGCCGCGUACACCCUGCCCAUUCGCCGGAAUCCCCCACAGUGACACAGUCACCCACUCCGCACAGCGGGACCGGGAUCCGGCCACUCAGUGAGCUGGGACGAUCACCCUCGGCCCUGGUCAUGGAGAGAGGAGGCUUCCUGCCGAACACCUGAGAGGCUCCACCAGCUGCCAGGGUGAGGGCGGCCGGAGGCCGGGUGCUGCGGGGCGAAGAGAGGCGGUCUCCCUGCGUUACAUGGAGCGAGGAAGAGUCUGUCAUCACUAGCACCUUCCCCCGGCCCUGACCACCACCAUGCAUCUGCACCAGGUGCUGACCGGCGCCGUCAACCCCGGAGAUAACUGCUACUCGGUGGGCAGCGUCAGUGACGUCCCCUUCACGGCUUAUGGAUCGGGCUGUGAUAUUGUCAUACUAGCACGUGACUUUGAGUGUGUACAGAUAAUUCCCGGUGCUAAACAUGGAAAUAUCCAGGUUAGCUGUGUGGAGUGUUCCCAACAACAAGGCCGGAUUGCUACUUCGUAUGGAAACACAGUUUGUAUAUUUGAACCACUUGCUUCUGUUAAUGCUCACAAGCGAAACAGUCAACUUAAAUAUCAGUGGCUUCGGACAGGCCAGUUUUUGCUUAGUUCCGUGACUUAUAAUUUGGCUUGGGAUCCUCAAGGGAACAGACUGCUGACAGCCACUGAUUACUUGCAAUUAUGGGCGCCACCUUCAAGUGACAUUCUAGAAGAGGAUGAGGAUGAUAUUGACAGACACGUCACAGAGGAUAAAGUUCAACCUGCUCUGAAUGACUGGAACUGUAUCUGGCAAUGCAAGACUGCAGUGCCUGUGCUUUUGAUGAAAUGGUCCCCAGAUGGUGAAUACUUUGCUACUGCAGGGAAGGACGAUUGUCUGCUAAAGAUCUGGUACCCUCUAACUGGUUGGAAAACCUCUUAUUUACUCCAUGAAAGUCUGCAGAAAAAAGGAAAUUUGGUUGAUGUUAACUUUUCAUUUGUGUAUCUUGCCCAUCCGAGGGCAGUGAUUGGUUUUUCGUGGAGAAACACAAGCAGAUUUAUGCCAAGGGGCUCUGUGUGCAAUGUCUUACUUACAUCCUGUCAGGAUGGCAUCUGUCGCCUGUGGGCAGAGACCCUGUUGCCAGAGGACAGCCUCCUUGGAGGCCAAAUAAUUGAUUAUGGCAGCUCCUGCAGCAGCUUAUCUUUCGCUGGGAAACAGAAGGAUAAGAUUGAGCAUGCACUUGAGACAAUUCAUCACUUAAAACACUUGAGGAGGGGCAGAAGACGUUCCUCUGUUCUGGCUGCUCACACAGAAUUGCUACCCAGUCAGCCUAGCCAGCAGGAGUCCCACAGGCACAUCUCCCAUCAUGCUAAUGCCUUGUGCCACUUUCACAUAGCAGCGAGCAUUAACCCAAACACAGAUAUUCCUCCUGUGUUGACCGGAGCAGCCUUUAAUCUGGAUGAAGGGUCCGGGGGCUUUGUAGUUCAUUGGCUGAAUAAUAAGGAAUUGCAUUUUACAUCGUCGAUUGAAAUAUUUAUACAACAUUUGAAAAUUGCUGUGGAGCAGCAGUCAGACAGCGGGGAAGAGGAAGAGGAUGACGAUGGUUUGUUAAUGAAACUGGAUAAUGGUGGGCCAGAGGGUGGAGGAUCCUUGGCUGGCUCUCCUGAGCAUGAAGAAGCAGACAGUGAUUUGAUUACUAAAGCCUCUUCACCUAGUGCUAACCUACCUCUACCCACAGUGUUAUUAGACCGUAAGAUUGAAUCCCUUCUUACGGAAUGGAACAAGAACGCAGAUAUGCUUUUUACUAUUCACCCUGUGGAUGGCACUUUUUUAUUGUGGCAUGUAAACUACUUGGAUGAGUACAAUCAUGGAAUUUUUAGACAAGUGAAGGUGUCGUUUUCUUCUCGGAUUCCAGUUGCUUUUCCAUCAGGAGACGCCAGCUCACUUAGCAAAAAUAUAAUGAUGUAUGCUUGCACUACCUCCGCCAAGGAAGAUGCUAUCGGUCUCCUGCAGCAGAUGAUGAUGGCUGGAGAUGCAACAGUUUCUACUUCGAAGGCUCUUCUAGAAAGAACUGGUAUGGUUUCUACAGUGAUGAUGGUUUCCAAGCACAUCGAUGGGUCGUUAAAUCAGUGGGCCGUUACUUUUGCCGAUAAGUCUGCCUUUUCAUCCGUGCUGACUGUGUCACAUAAGUUUCGUUAUUGUGGCCACAGAUUCCACCUAAAUGAUUUGGCUUGCCACUCUGUUCUGCCUUUGCUGCUAACCUCCUCUCACCAUAAUGUGCUGAUGACUCCGGACUCUGAAGACAAUCCAUGGGAAAUGGAGCAUGGUAGUAAAUUAAUGGAUCCCGUGAAAAAUGUGAAAUGUUUCCCCAGGCAACAUUUUAGAAAUGCAGCAACACAGACGUUCCAUGACCCGAAUGCAAUUUAUAGUGAGCUUAUUUUAUGGAGAGUUGAUCCAAUUGGACCUCUGUCAUACAGUGGGGGGGUUUCAGAACUUGCCCGCAUCAACUCUCUUCGCACUUCUGCCUUCUGUAAUGUGGCCUGGCUUCCAACUCUUAUACCAAGCUAUUGUUUAGGCACAUACUGUAAUUCAGCCAGUGCCUGCUUUGUAGCCUCUGAUGGGACUGAUUUAAGACUGUAUCAGGCAGUGGUUGAUGCACGAAAGCUACUGGAUGAGCUAUCAGAUCCUGAGUCAUCUAAACUUAUUGGUGAAGUGUUUAAUAUUGUCAGCCAGCAGUCUACCGCACGCCCCGGGUGUAUCAUUGAGCUUGAUGUGAUAACUAGCAAGUGUGGCUCACGAACUCAGCUGCUUCAUGUGUUUCAAGAAGACUUCAUUUUGGGAUACAAACCACAUAAGGAUGAAUUAAAAGUAAAAGAAACUGAGAUUUUUUUCCAGCCAUCUCAAGGUUAUCGGCCACCUCCCUUCUCAGAAAAGUUUUUCCUUGUUGUAAUAGAGAAAGAUGCACAAAACCGUUCAAUCUUAAACAUGUGGCAUCUUCAUCUGAAGUCUGUGCAAGCAUGUGUGGCAAAACCCGCAGACACAGCCUCAUCUACAAACUUUCUUACCAUACCUGGGCAAGCCAAUGUUGAGUCAUCCCCGGAAACCUCUCCUGGCCCAAGCCCAAUGACCCGCUCUGCAUCAAUUGCUAAUCUGCAGACUGCCAGUAAACUGAUUCUGAGCUCCAAGCUAGUGUAUAGCCAUCCACUGGAUAUCCCAAAUGGCGUAGAAGUGAUCAGAGCGACACCAUCGGCAGGUCAUCUUAGUUCCUCAUCAAUUUACCCCGUGUGCCUUGCACCGUAUCUAGUGGUUACUACAUGCUCCGACAACAGAGUGCGGUUCUGGAGAUGCAGUGUGCAAACCUUACAAGAUAAUGAAGGCAGUGAGGAGCAGCAUAGCUAUUGCUGGAAGGAAUGGUCCUUAAUGAAUGAAGGGCGUGAUGAGAGCACCAGUUCCGUAAGCGUUGCGGGAAAACCAGUUGCAGUAAGCUGCUCUUACACAGGAAGACUUGCUGUAGCAUACAAGCAGCCCAUUCAGCAUAACGGCUUUGUCUCCAAAGAGUUUUCUAUGCACGUAUGUCUCUUUGAAUGUGAAUCCACUGGAGGAUCAGAAUGGGUCCUUGAACAAACAAUUCACCUUGAUGACUUGAUAAGAGUUGGGAGCAUCCUUGAUGCUAAAGUAAGCGUUGACAGCAACUUAUUUGUGUAUUUUAAAUCAGAUGUAUUUCUAAACAAAGACAAACAUCUUAUGCCCAAUAUCAAACAUUUAGUACACUUAGAUUGGGUAUCAAAAGAAGAUGGCUCGCAUAUACUUACUGUUGGAGUCGGUUCUAAUAUUUUUAUGUAUGGACGUUUGUCAGGUAUUGUUACUGACCAGACCAGUAGCAAGGAUGGAAUUGCUGUCAUUACUUUACCACUAGGUGGUAGUAUAAAGCAAGGCAUCAAAUCCAAAUGGGUCCUGCUCAGAUCAAUUGAUUUGGUGUCGUCAGUGGAUGGCACACCUUCACUGCCAGUAUCUCUGUCCUGGGUUAGGGAUGGUAUUUUAGUUGUUGGCAUGGAUUGUGAAAUGCAUGUCUAUGCACAGUGGAAACACAAUCUGAGGUUCAGUGAUGCUGAAUCUUCAGCCUUUGAAGACAAAUCCGCACCGUCGGAUUCUGUUCAAACUCAGAUGAUCUCAAAGAAAACCAGUGUGAUUGAUGGUGCUGCUAUUGUUGAUGAUGUAUUUGGCAGUCCAACUGUAAUUCAGGAUGGAGGUCUUUUUGAGGCUGCCCACGUGCUUUCUCCAACCCUUCCACAAUAUCAUCCAACGCAGUUACUUGAACUUAUGGACCUAGGAAAAGUUAGUAGAGCAAAAGCCAUCCUUUCACAUUUAGUAAAGUGCAUUGCAGGGGAGGUCGCAGUCGUAAAAGACUUAGAAGCUGGAGAUGAAGCUGCUCCAAAACGCCACCUCUCACGGACUAUAAGCGUAAGCGGCAGCACCGCUAAAGACAUGAUUAUCACUGGAAAAGAUGGAACGCGAGAGUACACAGAAAUCGACUCCAUUCCACCGCUACCACUUUAUGCACUACUCUCUGCUGAUCAAGAUACACCAUAUUCUGCCCCAGAAGAGGCUACGAAAAUAUCUCAGACUUCUAAACUAAGUUUUGAUACUACAGCAGAUGAUCCAUAUUCGGAUUUGUUUCAGGUACAAAGUGUGACCACUGAUGACUUUAUUGGUUUUGAAACUGAGAAAAGAGAACGGAGAUCAAAAGUGAUCAACCUGUCCCAGUAUGGACCUACCUACUUUGGUCGUGAACAUGCUAGCGUACUUUCAAGCCAUCUCAUGCAUUCCAGUUUACCUGGCCUGACACGAUUAGAACAGAUGUUUCUGGUGGCUCUGGCUGACACAGUGGCCACAACCAGCACGGAACUUGGGGAAAGCAGAGAUAAGAACUACUCAGGGGGAGACAAUCUUGAUGAAUGUGGAUUGAGGUACUUGUUGGCAAUGCGUUUGCACACGUGUCUUCUAACAUCCCUCCCUCCAUUGUAUCGAAUUCAGCUGCUUCACCAAGGCUUAUCCACGUGCCAUUUUGCAUGGGCAUUUCAUUCGGAAGCUGAGGAAGAAUUAAUCAACAUGAUCCCUGCUAUUCAGAGAGGUGAUCCACUGUGGUCUGAACUUAGAGCAAUGGGAAUUGGCUGGUGGGUGAGGAAUAUAAACACACUCCGCAGAUGCAUAGAAAAGGUUGCCAAGGCAGCUUUUCAAAGAAACAAUGAACCAUUAGAUGCUGCAGUUUUCUACCUUGCAAUGAAGAAGAAAGCUGUUCUCUGGGGCUUAUUCAGGUCGCAGCAUGAUGAGAAAAUGACCCAAUUUUUUAGCCAUAAUUUUAAGGAGGAUAGAUGGAGGAAAGCAGCUCUAAAAAAUGCCUUCUCCUUGCUUGGGAAACAGCGCUUUGAACAGUCAGCAGCAUUCUUUUUACUGGCUGGCUCUCUAAAGGAUGCAAUUGAGGUAUGUCUAGAAAAAAUGGAAGACAUCCAGCUGGCAAUGGUAAUUGCUCGCUUAUACGAGUCUGAAUUUGACACAUCCUCUACAUACGAGUCUCUACUCUAUGAAAGAGUUUUGGGAUGUCUAAAAGAUGGCACUGGCUUCUGCUGUUCAAGGCUGCACCCUGAUCCAUUCUUGCGGAGCAUUGCUUAUUGGAUAAUGAAAGACUACACUAAGGCUUUGGACACUUUACUGGAGCAAACACCAAAAGAUGAUGAUGAAAACCCUGUUCUCAUCAAGUCGUGCAAUCCUGUGGUGUUUAGUUUUUACAACUACCUCCGGACUCACCCGCUGCUAAUCCGCCGACAUUUUAACACUCCAGAAUCCACUCUUGCUACAGUAGGUUUAAAGACUGAGAAAAACUAUGUGGAUGAAAUCAAUCUUAUUGAAAGGAAAUUAUUUUUUACCACUGCAAAUGCUCACUUCAAAGUAGGAUGUCCAGUGCUUGCUUUAGAAGUUCUUUCCAAGAUUCCAAAGCUCAGUAAAUCCAUGGGCAUUGAUGAAGAUCUGUUAAGCUUGGGUUCUGUUGGACAAGACAGUUUACAAUCCAUAGACAAACCAAACAAUUUAGAAGAGGGGAAUGAGUCGGGAUGGAGCAUCCCAGCAACAACAUUAACAAAACCAUCUCAAUUCGAAGAAACUGUAACUGAUUUUGACUGGGGUUCUCCACUUGUGAAGAUUGAGGAUGAGCCACUUCAGCUAGACUGGGGAGAUGAUAAAGGGAGUGACCAAGAGGAUGAUGAUGGUUUAGUAUUAAAGAGUUUGAACUUAAAUCAAAGCCUACAAGAUGCCAGUUCUGAAACACCAACUGUAAAAUACACUAAACCGACAGAUAGUAAAGUUGAUGUCAUUGCUGAGCAGCUUAAAUUCAGAGCCUGCUUAAAGAUUCUAAUGACUGAACUGAGAACGUUGGCUACAGGGCAUGAAGUAGAUGGUGGAAAACUUAGGUUCCAACUGUAUAACUGGUUGGAAAAAGAGAUUGCUGCGAUGCACAAAAUAUUUAACCAUGAAGCCGACAGUAAGGAUUUCACAAUUGAAAUCACUUCUUCCGGGGAUAUUUUAGACCAUCAGGAAUUUUCAGAGAAAACAGAUAUUGACUCAUACGAACGUCAUCAAAUAGAACGCCAACGAUUACAAGCUAAGCGGGAACAUGCUGAAAAACGAAAGUGGUGGUUACAAAAGAAUCAGGCACUUCUGCGAGUGUUUCUAAGCUACUGCAGUUUACAUGGUGCACAAGGUGGCGGUUUGGCAUCUGUAAGAAUGGAGCUCAAGUUUUUAUUACAAGAGUCUCAACAGGAAACAACAGUAAAGCAACUUCAGUCGCCACUUCCACUACCUACAACCCUCCCGUUAUUAUCAGCAAGCAUUGCUGUGACAAAAACUGUGAUCGCUAACCCUGUGCUGUACCUGAACAAUCACAUUCAUGAUAUUCUGUACACUAUUGUUCAGAUGAAGGAUCCCCCGCACCAAGACAACAAGGAUCCAAAGGUGUACACACUACACUUAUUGGCUGCUUCACUUUCUGCAUCAAUAUAUCAGGCCCUUUGUGACAGCCAUAGCUACAGCAGUCAAACAGAAGCAAAUCAGUUUACAGGAAUGGCUUACCAAGGUCUCCUCCUGAGUGACCGUAGGCGGCUUCGGACAGAAAGCAUUGAAGAACAUGCCACUCCAAAUUCACCACCUGCCUCGUGGCCAGGUGUAAGCUCUCUAAUCAAUCUGCUAAAUACCGCCCAGGAUGAGGACCAGCCCAAACUUAAUAUCCUGCUGUGUGAAGCUGUUGUAGCUGUCUAUGUCAGCCUUCUAAUCCACGCCCUUGCUACUGACUCCAGCACAGAACUGUUUCGUCUAGCUGCUCAUCCGCUAAACAACCGAAUGUGGGCAGCAGUGUUUGGGGGAGGAGUUAAGCUUGUUGUGAAACCAAGAAAGCCACCGGAAAGUAUUCCAGCAAUCCCUGUCCUGUCAGAAGAAAUAGAUAAGCAUCGCCGUCGAUUUAAUAUGAGAAUGUUGGUGCCUGGAAGGUCAGUAAAGGAUGUGGCUGUUCCACCUCCAGUUCCUGCCGAGAGACCAAUGUAUAAAGAGAAAUUCAUUCCCCCAGAACUGAGCAUGUGGGACUAUUUUGUGGCCAAGCCAUUCCUUCCUCUGUCUGACAGUGGCCUUAUCUACGACUCCGAUGAGAGUGUUCCUAGUGACGAUGAUGAUGAGGAUGAUGAUGAUGCAUUUCUUUCUGACACACAGAUACAAGAGCACACAAAUUCUUCUUCUUACAGUUGGACGCUAAUACGGUUGGCAAUGGUGAAACUUGCAGUCCAUAAUCUUAAGAAUUUCUUUCCGACUGCCGGACUAGAACUAACAGAUCUUCCUGUAACAUCUCCACUUGGCAUUGCGGUUGUCAAAAACCUAGAAAAUUGGGAGCAAAUUCUUCAUGAAAGAUUAGGCCAAUUUGACGGCCCACCGCCCAAUUAUAUUAACACACAUCCCAGUGAACUUGCCGCAGGUGCGGGACCUGCUAUUCUACGUCAAAAAGCAAUGUUGGACCCUGAAAAUACACCAUUCAAGUCCAAGGAUUACUCUGCACUGCCUGCCAAACGCAUCUGGCAUUUUCUAGUCAAGCAAGAACUCCUCCAGGAAACCUUCAUACGAUACAUCUUUACAAAGAAAAGGAAACAAAGUGAGUCAGUAGAAGACAGUGUGGAGCGUGUCAGAGUAGACUCCCUAGCAGAUCUUCAGAAAAACCAGGUUGAAGCUGAUCUUGGUUAUCCAGGUGGAAAAGCAAAAAUAAUUCACAAAGAGUCUGAUAUUAUAAUGGCUUUUGCCAUUAACAAGGCAACUGGUAAUGAAAUUGUCUUGGCUUCCACACAUGAUGUGCAAGAACUUGAUGUAUCCUGUCUCUUGGCUGCUCAACCUUAUACAUGGAUUGGGGAAGAGUAUGACCGAGAAUCUAAGGGUUCUGAUGAACUUGAUUUUAAAGGCUCCACCACAGCUAUUCAUCAGCCAAACGUGGCUUCCUUUAACCUAGGACAGAUGCAAUCCUCUUCUUCCAUGCCGUGGCUGGGGAGUGGGCAGACCAGCACUGGAGCUGGCAUUCUAAUAAAACGGAAUCUGCAUAACGUUAAGAGAAUGGCCUCCCACCCAGUCCACCAAUAUUAUCUUACUGGCGCUCAGGAUGGCAGUGUCCGUAUGUUUGAGUGGAGUCGUCCCCAGCAGAUAAUCUGCUUUCGUCAGGCAGGAAAUGCCCGGGUUACAAGAUUGUACUUUAAUUCCCAAGGCAACAAGUGUGGCGUAGCUGAUGGAGAAGGAUUUUUAAGCAUUUGGCAAGUAAACCAGACAGUCUCCAAUCCUAAACCUUACCUGAGCUGGCAGUGUCAUACCAAAACCACAAGUGACUUUGCAUUUGUUACCUCAUCGAGCUUGGUUGCUACAUCAGGACAAUCCAGUGAUAGCCGAAAUGUCUGCCUGUGGGAUACUUUGAUAUCACCCAAUAACAGUCUAGUUCAUGCUUUUACUUGCCAUGAUAAUGGCGCCACAGUUCUACAGUAUGCACCAAAACAGCAGCUCUUGGUUACUGGUGGCAGAAAAGGCUGCAUCUGUAUCUUUGACAUUAGACAAAGACAAACCCUUCACACAUUCCAGGCCCAUGAUUCAGCAGUGAAAGCUCUUGCCCUGGAUGUCUCCGAAGAGUAUUUUGUCACUGGCUCAGCAGAGGGGAAUAUGAAGGUAUGGAACUUAAUGGACCAUGGCCUAAUUCAUUCUUUUAAGAAUGAGCACGCCAAGCAGUCCAUAUUUCGGAAUAUCGGUGCCGGUGUGAUGCAGAUUGAAGUAGGCGAAAACAAGCGUAUUUUCUCCUGUGGAGCAGAUGGCACUCUGAAAAUGAGGAUGUUGCCCACCGCCUUGAAGAUCCAAUCAGGCAUUUUCGAUAUUCUCUAGUCACUUUAAUUUUAGGCCUAUCCACUUCCAAGUUGUGAUCCACUGCUGCUAAAUGUGUAGGAUGAUGUAGUUACUGAGGAAUUAGAAGCUGCUUAGAAAGCAGGUAUAAAGGUUACUUCUAGCUGAGCCCGGUGCUGGUGACUGAAAUGGCCAUGCAUGUCUGCCGUAUAGAUCAAGUCCAGUAAAACUGAGAAAAUGAAAGUAUUGUUGGCAGGAGUUCAGAAAUCGCUGCAACCUUUAGCAUCAUUCAGACCUAUUAAGAUGCUACAGUUUUAUUUUGUGCAGAUCAGAACAUCAUUUAGUGUUGUAACCUUUGCAGAUAGCAGACUGACAUGUAAGACUCAUGAACGAAGAAACAAAAAGGGAUUCAGUGCUCUUGAAAGUUUACAGUUUUCAUAUGGUAUAAGUUCUAAAUGCUCACGAUUAUUGGCAGUAGUCAGCGCAGGAGCAUUACUGGGGCCAAGUACAUAUUUACAAACUAUACACUGGAAGGAUUUCACAGUGUUGCUGUGGUUACUUGGGAGGUGAUUUGAUUUUUUUUCUUUUUUAAUUAUUUUUCUUUUUUAAUUAUUAUUUUUCUUGUUUAGCAUUUUAAAACCGUUUACACAUUUGCUUCCAGGUUUAACAAUUGUACUUUAAGAGAGCAUAGAAAGCAUGUCUAUGUUUUUCUCAAAUGUCCAUACUAAGUGAAGGUAAUAUAUGUGUGUACUGUCACUUUGCGAUACAAAAGCCAGGAAAACUUGUUAUGAAAUGUACUCAGAAGUUAUCUCGCUGUCCAGGCCAGAAUAGCCGCCACUCCUUUAUUUUUAAUUUAAUUUUUCUACAGGGUGGGAGUGCAGCAAUUAUUUUUUUCCUUGGCAAGUAUCUUUUUAUAUAAUUUUUUUUUUUAUUAUUGGUUUUAUUUUUUUAAAUGUUUUUGUUGUUCAACAUUGUACUUUGCACAUAAUUUAACUGCACUCUACUUUGCACAUUGCCACUAGUCCAAAUGAAAAUCCGUCUUUUCCAUCUUUUUUUCCUCCAUAGAAACCUAUAUGUUGGCUGUAGUGAACAUGAGCAUAAUUCUCUGCAUUCAUGCUUGGUUUUUAAAUGCAUUUUGGGUUUUGUGCACACACAUGAAUAUACUCGGCUGGAUGCGCAUUCGUCAUUGAACUGGAUCUUGUAACCACUGCUCCGAUAGAUUUCACAGCAACACAUUUUAAAAUGAAUGUCAGGCUUCCUGUGGCCAGAUAGUGAAUAGUUGAAAGUGAUAACUUAUUCCACAGCGUUUGUAUAACUAUGCAGAGUUCAAUAUUGUUGGCUUGUAAAAUACUAGGCAGUGUUGUCUUUUCUGGAUGUACUUUCUUUGUUGUAAACAAACACAUGUUAAUAAGCUACCCGAGACUACUGUCUGUAUAUUUAACUGUCAUCCUUGUCCUAUUUUAUUUGCAGUGUUUUGUGUGUUUUAUUGUAAAUUAUAAUGGCAUUAUGUGCACCUUUCUCAUAUAACUUUGCCUUCUCUGAAGACAAUUUAAAGAUAUGAAGUAUGUAGAUAGGAAGGAAAGAGUCAUUGUUUUACCUUUAUAAGUUAAAUAAACCCCUGUCAUCUCAUGGAAAAA